AUGGACCUCUUGGAGAUGAUGAAUAUGAGCAGCAUUUGGAGGAAGCACUUUCUGCCUCUGAAAUUGGUCUUACAGAAGAAGAAGGUUAGAGGUAUAACAAGAGGCUUGGAAACGGUGAAACUGGCUGCUGCCAUGGGGAAAGAAAAAUUUCCAAUUACAAUUGAUGUCUCACAAGGUCGACCAGUUAAUGGUGUCCAAUAUGCCAAACUUUCAAGUGAGCUUGGUUUGAUAAGUCGGGAAUACAUGGAUGAGAUCCCUAUCCGCUGGACUAAGGAUUCCAAGAAGAACCAUCUGCGUUCAGCUUAUGACAGACUAAAUAUGCAUAUGCAAGUUGAAGAUAUCAGUGAAGAGGCUGUCCAAGAUUCCAUUGAUGGGUUAUUGCAAAUCCAAGUCAAGCAGCAACGUUCCAAGCUGAAAAAGAUAUUCCUUGAGUGCGGUGAUGCAGUGGAAGCUAGAACAAUGAAGCCUCCUGGAAUAAGCCAAAAGAACUGGGACGAUUUGAUUGACUAUUGGCUUAGUGACAAAGCUAAGCGUGUUGCUGUUGCCAACACUCAGAACCGACAGCGUGUAAAGGCCUCCCAUCGCCAAGGACGUAAAGCUUUUGUUGUCUUAAGAAAUGAAAUUAAGGAAGCGAAUAAUGGAGAAGAAUGUGAUCGAAUAAGCCUAUAUAAAAUGGCAUAA